AUGAAUACUGGAGUUGACCAGUCCAAAGUCAUUGCAGACUCCAGAAUCCUCUACGAUCUUUCUGGUCUCAUUACCAACAUAUCCAAGUAUACAAUUGACGAUGUCAAGUCCAUUUUAGGUACUUUUGGUGCUUUGAUCAGUUCUGAGAAACAGCAAAUCAACAUCUCGAAGCUAUCAAAUAUCACAUCUCUUCUCUUGUUUUACGCCUCCCCCUUACUGUUGACCAUUGUGGAUACUGUGUCAUUGAUUCGCUUUCUUUAUGAAAGUUCUGAGGGCGUUUCCAACCCAGAUGAAGAAGAAGCUAAUGACAUUGAAGAGUUUGCUCACUAUUUAGCACAGAAGACUAAUGAUGAUGGUCUUAUCACCGACGAGUUGGUGGUCCAAGCAGCUCAAGUUAUCUUACAGAAUCUUGAAACCAGAAAUGAAUCGUUUGGGUUUAAUAUAGAAGGUGUCGAUUUGGAUACCAUCGUUUUCCAUACGAUCCAGAAGAGAUUAUGGAUAAAUUCCAUCUACAUUGAUGAUAUAGAACUACCCAAGGAGUUACUUCUGUUGGAUACAUCAGCAGCUUGUCGUCAGUGGUAUGCUUCGUCCUAUGUUCCUUUCAAAUACUACUGGGACAACCAUGGGUCAAUUGCUCCCUCACCUACUAUGAAAUUCCAUGAGUUUUCUCAAAUGCAUACAGCAGAUGCUAUAUUUGAAUCGUUGAUAUCACCCGUGGAUUCUAACUCAUAUAGCAACAAGCUCAGAUUAGGAAACUGGAUGCUGCAUGUUAUUAUUCCUGCCCUUGAUGCCUAUACUUUGGAUCCUUUGAGAAAAUGGAUGUUUGAACACGAAAGAACCAAAACUUCAACUAUCUCAGAGAAACAACACCUAUGGAACAUUAUCUUUAAUUCUUUGAUUACUGCUGAUAUUCCCUUUGCCAAAUACGAGGAUAUUGUCGAGACUUACAUUGUCUCGUGCUACUAUGAUACCACAGCAGACAAUUUGCCAAAAGUGUCUUCAAUGGAAACUCUCAAGGUCCUUGACUUGAUCAAAGAAACAGUGGACUUAUUAGUGCCGGUGGUCCCUCAGACUGCUCAGAUCGUGACUGUCAAUUCUAUUUCAUAUGAUAAAAACCUUACGUUUAACAGCAUUGACGACUUCAAAGCUAAUACUCCACUUCGUCCUUUAUUGGUGGCCAACAAAGACUGCGUCGUAACGUUGUCUGAAACCAUCGAGACAUGCAGAAAACUUUACCCCAUCAACCAAACAACAGUGGCGAAGUUCUUGGAGCUCAAGUACACACCUGGCUCACACUCUGAAGAACUCAAACGUGAAGUUACAAAGCUCUUGCUUGGAUUGACCCCCACCUCGUCCCAACAGCUUCUUCAUUCGCUCAACCUAUUCAAGAAUGUUUUCACCCAGAACGAUGACGAGUUGGAAGCAAUUGACGGUUUGGUGGUUGACCGAUUUUUGUUCAAAGAUCUCUUCGAGUAUGUGAACCAAUUAUAUGAUGGAGGCCAAUUGAAAAUUAAGCCAGAUAACUUUGUGCAGUUACUUUUGAAGAAGUUUUGGGAUUCUGUGAACCAAGCCACUAACUUUGACGAGCGAAUCGGUAAGCUACACAGUGCUACGAGCUGCAUAACGUUAUUCAAUAAACUCUCUGCUAAUGGGGAUCUUACCAGCCAAGAAAGAGAAGAGGUAACAAGACUAAAGCAUUUGAUGAAGGUAUUUGCUAACAUAAGAAACUUCAAGCUCCAGUUUGAAAGAUCAAAAGCCCCAACCCCAUUGGAUAUCAUCAAGCGAUUUGGCUCUUUACCAGCACACGAAGAGCUUCGGACAGAACUAGAAGCGAUUUCCCCGAUGGGGUUGAUAACCACCAUUUUAGAACAGAACUUGAAGUCAUACUUGGCUUUUGAAAAGCUUUUCAAGGUUCUUAGUGACUUCCUCCUCUUCCUCAAAGACACCAAUGUCACCUCGUCCUAUUACUUCCAAAGACUCAUGGCUGCUUGUAUCGAAGCAUCUCUCAUAGACAACAACUUCAGUUAUGCCUACAAGAAAUCUCUCGAGCUUUUGAGUCAAUAUGAAGAUGACAACUUGAACAACAUGUGGAUGACUUUCUACCAAGUAGGAAACUACAAAUCCCCCGAUUGGGCAGUAGAUGAGACCAUAGAUUCUAAUCGGGUAGAGGUAUUGCUCAAACAGAGCGAAAUCUUAUCCAAGUAUCUCCGAGUCAUUACUCGUGCUGAUGUUUCCACCGACAACAGCCGGAUCAUUGUUGAACAAUGGGAGAAGGUGAACCAUAAUAUUGAUGGGUGGUACCAGCAAGUGGAAUCACAAAAGGCCAAUACUUCUAAGACAUCAACCCGCCAAAUCCAGGAAAAUUUCACAUCGACCGCCAACGAGAUUCUAGGCGAUGCCGCUAACACUACGGCGCAGGCUAGUGAAAAGUUGUCGAAUCUUUUCGUUUCUGGGUUGGGAUGGGCUAUUGGAGCCAACCCAAAUUAG